UGAUGUUUAUAAAACUCCAUUACAAGCAGACUACAAUCAUCUUUUUAUCAGACAAGGAACAGGUUUACAAGGACAAGCUGUAUUUAAAACAAAGUUAUCAUUCAGACCCCAUUCUACAGACAGUGCCACUCACAGAAAGAUGACCCUUUCUCUGGCAGACAGAUCAUCUAAAACACAGAAAAUACGAAUGUUGCCAAUAGCAACACAAGACCCCGAAGCUCAUAGAGCUGAAAUGAUUAAGAAAGAAGAAGAGAAACUGAGAGCUGCAACAAGGAGAGAAAGUCAACAACGAAGAAUUCGUGAGAAAGCACAUCACCGAGGUUUAACAGCAUCUUAUCUAGAACCAGAUAGCAGGUAUGAAGAGUAUGAAGAUGAUGAAGAAGCAGCCAUCAGUCUGGCAGCCAUUAAGAAUAGAUAUAAGAAAGGUAAUCUGAAAGGUAAGUUAUACAGUCUGUCAGCCAUUAAGAAUAGAUAUAAGAAAG